AUGUUAGCUAGAUCAGUGCUGUCACAAUCUGCACGUUGUGCUGCCUCACAAGCUAGAGGCUAUGCUACAUUGAAAGAAGUUGAAUUGCGUUUGAAAUCCAUUAAAAAUAUUGAAAAAAUUACCAAGACUAUGAAGAUUGUGGCCUCAACAAGACUAUCCAAGGCUCAGAAGGCUAAGGCUGCCGCUAAGAUGAUUGAUGUUGCAGAUGCUACUUUUUACGACGUGGCAAAGACUAAAGAUGUCCCUGAACCUUUGGAAAAUCCAAAACAUUUGACUAUUGCUAUUACAUCCGAUAAGGGGCUUUGUGGUUCUAUCCAUUCUCAAUUAGCUAAAGCUGUGAAACGUAACUUGGAGUCUCAUCCAGACACUGAUGUUGUGGCAAUUGGUGAUAAGAUUAAGAUGCAAUUAUUAAGAUCUUAUCCUGAUAAUAUUAAAUUAGCAUUCAAUGGUAUUGGUAAAGAUGCUCCAACUUUCUAUGAAAGUUCUUUGAUUACAGCUAAGAUUUUACAAGAAUUGAAUGCUAAACAAUAUUCGAAGAUUACUAUUUUCUUUAAUGAUCCAAUAUCUUCUUUAUCAUUUGUACCAUCUACAAAACCAAUUUAUAACUCCGAGACCAUUCAAACCUCCCCAGGUUACAACAUCUUCGAGAUUGACCCAGAAGGUAAGUUGCCAACGGAUUUGUUUGAGUAUAGUUUGACUUCUCAAGUCUUAUCCGCAAUGGCUCAAGGUUAUGCUGCAGAAAUUUCAGCAAGAAGAACAGCAAUGGAUAACGCUUCUAAGAAUGCAGGUGACAUGAUCAACAGAUACUCUAUCUUGUAUAACAGAACCAGACAAGCAGUCAUCACCAACGAAUUGGUCGAUAUCAUUACUGGUGCUUCCUCUUUGGAUUGA